GGCUAGAUACCGGCAAGGGCUGGAUACAUCACCAGCAAUUGCAAUUUUUUCUUUUAAAUUUUCCCAUCAAUUUUCUUUUUGUUUAAUACUUUCACAUCUGACAAAAAGAGCCUGCUCUUUAGUCAGACAGUUAGGCUUUAGCGAAAGGCUUAUGGUAUGCUCCUUGAGGAGUAGGCAUGCUGUCAUCGCGGGUUUCAUGCUUCUCUCCCACCUCUACUCUUUUUUCCUAUUUUUCGUCCACUGUCAAAAUGCUGUAAAUUUUUCGUUCUCUGUUCAAGUCAUUAUACCAUCAAAAGUCUCCCUCUCUCAAAAAAAAAAAAAAUUCAAUAAGAAUGCGUCAAAAUAUAUUUCAAAAAGAUAUCGGACAACAAUGUAUUUUAUUGUUCAGCCGGAGCAUCUUGUUUAAAUGGGGCUCGAGGUGUAUUUUUGAGUGAAAAAUUUACUGUUGGGCAGCAGCACGGCGACGGUCACGCUCCUCAGAAAUGGUCAACUUGAUACCCUUCUGCUUGGGAAGAGAGAUCCAGGGCUUGUUACCUUGGCCAAUGACGAAAACGUUGGACAUACGGGUAGCGAAUUGACGGUCAA